AUGCAGUCAAUCACAGCAAGGAGCCGACCAGUCCUAAGGAGCGCUCAGCUCUGUCUCCGCUACCGCUAUGCGACCGACGCGCCCUCAUCGGCACCGCCGCUCCUCCUGAAGCUCCGCUCUGACCUGAAGACGGCCAUGAAGGCCAAAGACACCAACCGUCUUAAUGUGUUGCGCGGUCUGCUCGCCGAGGUCACCAAUGCCGCAAAGACCGCGCAACCCCUCGACUCGGACAUGAAGCUUCUUGGUCUGUUGCGCAAGCGUUCGUCGGCAGCCGCGCAAGCAGCCAAGGAAUUUUCAGACGCUGGAAGAGCAGACUUGACUGAGAAGGAAAAUGCCGCUAUCAAGGUGUUGGAAGAGUAUGCCGGCAGCGUCGAGACUGUCAGCGAGGACUACAUCAAGGAGGUUGUGCAGAGCACCAUCGACAGCAUCAAGGCCGAGGCCCAGGGUGCAAAGGUUGUCAUGGGCGAUGUGCUCAAGAAGUUGUUGGCUCCUGGUGGUGCCUUCGAAGGCAAGCCUGUCGAGAAAUCGCAGGUCGCAAAGGCCGUCAGACAAUUCUUGGACGCAAAGUAA